GUCAUAACAACGGAAGCACCUGCUGUGUCACAUUUUUUUUAAAUAAGGGAGGCGAUGUGAUGUAAAUGGAAGAAAUGUUUUAACAAAGCUUGAAUGAACAGUAUGUUUAGCUAUGCGUUGGUCGCGUUGCUCUCUGUGUUAUUAGCGGUGUGGUUCAUGCCUAGAGAAUGGCCCUUCAGUGUUGGGAAUGAAUCGACCCAGAGGCUCCUGAGCAGGCAGGAACUGUCUCUGUACGACGGGGAGGAAGGCAGCAGGGGCGUUUACCUGGCCAUUCUGGGCCAAGUUUUUGAUGUACACAAAGGAUACAGGCACUACGGACCUGGAGGUGCUUAUCAUGCUAUGGCAGGUAGAGAUGCUUCAGUGGCCUUCAUCACUGGGGAUUUCACAGAAAGUGGCGUGACAGAUGACGUGUCCAGUCUGUCCCCAUUGCAGAUAGUGGCCUUGUAUGACUGGCUGACCUUCUAUCAGAGGGACUACCAACCUGUGGGUGUGGUAGAAGGCCGGUUCUAUACAAAGACUGGACAGCCCACAGAGGUCCUGCUGCAGGUACAAGCAUCAUUAGCGGAGGGUCAACGAAUCAAAGCCCAUUCUAAUGCUGAGAAGGUUCGCUUCCCAUCCUGUAACUCAGAGUGGAGUGCUGCUAGUGGAGGAAGAGUCUGGUGCUCCACUAAAAGCGGUGGAGUAGAAAGAGGCUGGAUCGGGGUGCCACGGAAACUCUUCUCUCCAGGCUCCAGCAGUGCUCGUUGCGUCUGUGUGGAAGACCCGUCCGCAGCAGAGGAAGACCCCAACCUGCAGAAAUAUGAUGGCUGUCCUCCACAUGCCGACUCUUGUUCUGUUGGAGAUUACUAGUCCCCGAUCCAGCCAAGAAAAUGGACCCAUUCAUGACUUGCUUUUUUUUGUAGCAGCACAAAACUCAGGACAAACACUAUAUGGCUUCUGCCAACAACUCACAGCACUGAACUUUCACAUAAUAAUAAUAAAG